AUGACCCCCUGGUCCAAGCUCAACGAGCACACCUUGGCUUCGCUGCAUCCGACCUUCGAUGCCAAGGCACGCGCCGCCCUGCGCGUGCUGGAGCGGCACAGAGACGGCUGCAUUGCGGCCGACGCACGCGACGCGCACUCGAUGCUGGCCGCGGGCGUGGAUGGUGUGAAGCUGCAGCGGUGUUCGGGCUGCGACGCCGCGCGCUACUGCGGCAAGGAGUGCGCCAAGGCGGGCUGGAAGGCGGGGCACCGCGAGGAGUGCAAGGCGGCGCAGCUGAAGAAGCAGCAGGCAAAGGCGGGGUAG